AUGAGUAAAAAACAAACGUCUUUGGAGAGCUUCUUUGCAACGGGGAAAAGGCCAACUGAGGAGCCAGAAGAGGAGCCUACGACCUCCAAGAAAAAGAAAGCUUCUUUUAACAGACAAUACCAGGAGUCCUACUUAAAAUACGGGUUUAUCGCAACAGGUGACUCUCACGCGCCUAGUCCGCUCUGCAUAGUAUGUGGCGACAAGCUAGCAAACGAGGCAAUGAAGCCUUCAAAACUGCUUCGGCACAUGGAGACUAAGCACCCUGGAUUAAAAGAUAAGCCUUUGGAGUUUUUUGAAAGAAAAAAACGUGAGCAAGAAGGACAGAAGCAAUUACUGAGGGCCACCACAUCAACAAAUGCGAGUGCACUGAGAGCAUCAUACUUAGUGGCUAACUGUAUUGCUAAGGCUAAGAAACCUUUCACGAUUGGAGAAGAACUGAUCAUGCCUGCCGCCAAGGAUAUUUGCCGUGAACUUUUAGGAGAGGCUGCAGUUAAAAAGGUAGCACAGGUGCCUCUUUCGGCUAGCACCGUCACCAAGCGCAUUGAGGACAUAGCGGAGGACACUGAGGCGCAAUUGUUGGAGAGGAUUAAAAAGUUACCGUGGUACGCAAUCCAGGUUGAUGAGUCUACUGAUAUUGACAAUAAGGCAAUACUACUUGUUUAUGUGCGAUAUCUUUAUCAGGAGGAUGUGCAUGAGGAUAUGUUAUGUGCACUGUUGUUGCCAACCAACACCACAGCCGCAGAACUAUUCAAGUCUCUGAAUGAUUAUAUAUCGGGAAAACUGAAUUGGUCCUUUUGUGUCCGCGUGUGCACGGACGGAGAUGCUGCUAUGACUGGACGGCUGUCUGGUUUAACUACUCGGAUUAAGGAGGUUGCACCUGAAUGUGAGUCCACGCACUGUUUCAUUCACAGAGAAAUGCUGGCUAGCCAAAAAAUGUCACCUGAACUUCACAGUGUAUUGAAUGAUGUCAUUAAAGUUAUUAACCUCAUCAAAGCACAUGCGCUCAACUCCCGUCUGUUCGAGCAGCUUUGUGAGGAGAUGGAUGCAGAGCACAAACGCCUUCUCUUACACACCGAAAUAAGAUGGCUAUCCAGAGGAAAAUCACUGGCAAGAGUGUUUGAGUUACGAGAGCCGCUGCAGAGAUUUCUCUCGGAAAAAAACUCGCCACUGGCGGCUCAUUUCAGUGACAAGGAACAGGUCGCCAAACUUGCUUACCUGUGCGACAUAUUCAAUCUGCUCAACGAACUCAAUCUGUUACUUCAGGGGAAAAUGACAACUGUGUUCAAGUUGGCAGAUAAAGUAGCUGCAUUCAAAGCCAAACUGGAAUUGUGGGGGCGGCGAGUGGACAGAAGGAUAUUUGACAUGUUUCAAACAUUAGCAGGGAUUUUGGAGGACACCUCACCUGGGCCAGCAUUCUCCCGGCUGGUGUGUAACCACCUGUCUUUGCUUUUACAAGAGUUUGAGCACUACUUCCCAACCACAAAAGACCCACGAAUUGCAAAGGAAUGGAUCCGCGACCCAUUUGUGAACAAACCGGGCGAAUCGAGCAUGUCUGUGCAACAAGAGGAUCAGCUGCUGGAGAUCGCAAAUGACGGUGACCUUAAACGUACGUUUGAGACAACAACUCUGCCGAUGUUCUGGGUGAAAAUCAAGCCAGAAUAUCCUGACAUCGCCACAAGAGCACUGAAAACCCUGCUACCAUUUCCAACAUCCUAUCUGUGUGAAGUGGGCUUUUCUGCAGUGAUAGCAACCAAGACAAAAUUACGGAGCAGACUGGACAUAAGGAACACACUGCGGGUGUCAUUGUCUCCCAUCACCCCUAGAUGGGACCAUCUCAUUGCAGAGAAACAAGCCCAGGGCUCCCACUGA